UGGAGAUGUGCCUCUCUGGAUCCCCAAAUCCCCCCAUUUGACCACCCUCUCUCUGUAGCCACCACCUGGCUUUGCAUUUGCUAAAUCGGCGCCCGCUAAACCUCUGGGGGCGGAGGGAUUACGGCUGGUGACAGAUGUUAUAGACGGACGGGAGUCAGGCAGACCAGGCCAGUGUGACGCCUCCCGGCCGACCGGCCGCAGCUAGCCUGCCCCCAGGCUCUGGGCCUCCUUGUCUGGGGACCCCCUAGGGGACUACCCUCGUGGGGGGAUCUGGCCCUACCCACCGAGGGGUGCAGGGGACAGUCAUGGGCUCCCCGAGGAAGAUGAGCAGUUCUUUCAAGCGGGGCUCGCUCAAGAGCUCCACGUCGGGGUCACAGAAGGGACAAAAGGCGUGGAUCGAGAAGACCUUCUGCAGGCGGGAAUGCGUCUUCGUCGUCCCCAGCACCAAGGACCCCAGCAGGUGUUGCUGUGGCCAGCUCAUCGCCCUGCACAUCCCCCCUCUGCCCAGCGCAACAUCCGGCAGAAAUGGGGAGGAGAGUACGGAGCUGGAGGCUCCCCCGGAGAAGUGGUCUGUGGGCAGACACACCCAGGCCUACCCGACCGAUGCCUACGGGACGCUGGAGUUCCAGGGCGGCGGAUACUGCAACAAAGCCAUGUACAUCCGCGUGUCCUACGACACCAAGCCGGACGCGCUGCUGCACCUGAUGGUGAAGGACUGGCAGCUGGAACUCCCCAAGCUCCUCAUCUCCGUGCACGGCGGCCUCCAGAGCUUCCCGAUGCAGCCCAAGCUGAAGCAGGUGUUCGGCAAGGGCCUGGUCAAGGCCGCCGUGACCACGGGCGCCUGGAUCUUCACGGGGGGCGUCAGCACGGGGGUUAUCAGCCACGUCGGGGACGCCCUGAAGGACCACUCCUCCAAGUCCCGGGGCCGGGUCUGCGCCAUCGGCAUCGCCCCCUGGGGCCUCGUGGAGAACAAGGAAGACCUGAUCGGGAAGGACGUGAGUGCCUCCUCCCCCGACUGGGCCAUUGGUCGCUCGUCACCAUUGUCACUUUUGGACUCCGGCAAUUUAAAGAAAACCCAAGUUUGUCCUCUGAGGUCGUGGCGGGUCCCCCUGCAGUUGUACGAAAUGAGGAAGACGGGCUCCCAUCGACCCCUCUUCCCUCUCGGCCACCGUAACCAACGUCUUGCCAAACCGUGGGGCUGGGUGUGUCCUGCAGGGCUGGGCCAGGGGGUGCCGGUCGUGGGCCUGGUGGUGGAGGGCGGCCCCAACGUCUUCUCCAUCGUCCUGGAGUACCUCCGCGAGGAGCCGCCCGUCCCCGUGGUGGUCUGUGACGGCAGCGGACGGGCCUCGGACAUCCUGUCAUUCGCGCACAAAUACUGUGAGGACGGAGGGGUCAUCAGCGAACCGCUCAGGGACCAGCUGCUGGUGACCAUCCAGAAAACCUUUAACUACGGCAGGACCCAGGCGCUGCAGCUGCUGGCGGCCGUCGCGGAGUGCAUGAAGAGGAAGGCGCUGGUCACGGUGUUCCGGAUGGGAGCCGAGGGCCAGCAGGACAUGGAGAUGGCGAUUUUGACUGCCCUGCUGAAAGGAACCAACGCGUCCGCCCCGGACCAGCUGAGCCUGGCGCUGGCCUGGAACCGCGUGGACAUAGCGCGGAGCCAAAUCUUCGUCUUUGGGCCCCACUGGCCGGUGAGACCGUCUCCCAAGUCACCCCGCCCCCCGCCCCGAUCCCGACCUUGUCCAGACGGCGCACAAAAACACAGGGAGAGCAUCAGGCCUCCGUCUCCGCUUGUUACACCGGGUGGUGGGACUGACACGGAGACGCAGCCCGGGGAGCAUGGGCAGGGGCGGCGGGCGCCCACGGCAGACCUCCCGCAGGUGAACGCGCUGGAGCAGGCCAUGCUGGACGCCCUGGUCCUGGACCGCGUGGACUUCGUGAAGCUGCUGAUCGAGAACGGGGUCAACAUGCAGCACUUCCUCACCAUCCCGCGGCUGGAGGAGCUCUACAACACGGUGUGUUCCCCGCCCAACACGCUCCACCUGCUGGUCAGGGACGUCAAGAAGGGCAACCUGCCGCCCGACUACCACAUCAGCCUCAUCGACAUCGGCCUGGUGCUGGAGUACCUCAUGGGGGGCGCCUACCGCUGCCACUACACCCGCAAGAGCUUCCGGACCCUGUACAACAACCUGUUCGGGCCCAAGCGGGUAGGACGGAGUGAGCCGCGCGAUGCGUCCGGGGCCCUGGCCGCCUGGGGUUCCUCGUGGCCUGUUCCAACCACGGCCUGUUCCAGCCACGCUCGUCCCCUGCCCCCAGCACACCGGCCCUUUUUCUUCUUUUUUAUUGGCAACCUGCCGCCCGACUACCACAUCAGCCUCAUCGACAUCGGCCUGGUGCUGGAGUACCUCAUGGGGGGCGCCUACCGCUGCCACUACACCCGCAAGAGCUUCCGGACCCUGUACAACAACCUGUUCGGGCCCAAGCGGUCCCAGCUCUACAAGGCCAUGGCCCACGAGUCCUCCGAGAGCGAGCUGGUGGACGACAUCUCCCAGGACCUGGACAGCAACUCCAAGGACUUCGGGCAGCUGGCCGUGGAGCUGCUGGACCAGUCCUACCGGCACGACGAGCAGGUGGCCAUGAAGCUGCUCACCUACGAGCUGAAGAACUGGAGCAACUCGACCUGCCUCCAGCUGGCCGUGGCGGCCAAGCACCGGGACUUCAUCGCGCACACCUGCAGCCAGAUGCUGCUCACCGACAUGUGGAUGGGCCGGCUGCGCAUGCGCAAGAACCCCGGCCUGAAGGUUAUAAUGGGCAUCCUCCUGCCGCCCACCAUCUUGCUCCUGGAAUUCCGCGCCUACGACGACUUCUCUUACCAAACGUCCAAGGAGAAUGAAGACGGCAAAGAAAAGGAGGACGAGAGCGUGGUCAGAUGAUUCGCGGGCUCCAGAAAGGGGGACGAGGAGAGCGAGCACAGCAAGCUGAGGAGGCUCCCCGUCGGGACCAAGAUCUGCGAGUUCUACAACGCGCCCAUCGUCAAGUUCUGGUUUUACACGAUCUCGUACCUGGGCUACCUGCUGCUGUUCAACUACAUCAUCCUGGUGCGCAUGGAGCGCUGGCCCUGCCUGCAGGAGUGGGUCGUCAUCGCCUACAUCGUGACCCUGGCCCUGGAGAAGGUCCGCGAGAUCCUCAUGUCGGAACCCGGCAAACUCAGCCAGAAGGUGAAGGUGUGGCUCCAGGAGUACUGGAAUAUCACGGACCUCGUGGCCAUUGCCGUGUUCCUGGUCGGGGCCGUCCUGCGCCUGCAGAGGCAGCCGUACAUGGGCUACGGCCGGGUCAUCUACUGCGUGGACAUCAUCUUCUGGUACAUCCGCGUCCUCGACAUCUUCGGGGUCAACAAGUACCUGGGGCCCUACGUGAUGAUGAUCGGGAAGAUGAUGAUUGACAUGCUGUACUUCGUGGUCAUCAUGCUGGUUGUGCUGAUGAGCUUCGGCGUGGCCCGCCAGGCCAUCCUGCACCCGGACGAGGAGCCCUCCUGGCGGCUGGCCCGGAACAUCUUCUACAUGCCGUACUGGAUGAUCUACGGGGAGGUGUUUGCGGACCAGACCGACCUCUACGCCAUGGAAAUUAAUCCUCCUUGCGGCGACAACCAGUACGAUGAGGAGGGCCGGCGCCUCCCGCCCUGCAUCCCGGGCGCCUGGCUGACCCCGGCCAUCAUGGCCUGCUACCUGCUGGUGGCCAACAUCCUGCUGGUCAACCUGCUCAUCGCCGUGUUCAACAACACCUUCUUCGAGGUGAAGUCCAUCUCCAACCAGGUGUGGAAGUUCCAGCGGUACCAGCUCAUCAUGACCUUCCACGACCGGCCGGUCCUGCCCCCGCCCAUGAUCGUUCUGAGCCACGUCUACAUCAUCGCCACGCGGCUCAGCGGCCGCUGCAGGAAGAAGCGAGAAGCGGACCAGGAGGAGCAGGACCGCGGACUGAAGCUGUUCCUCAGCGAGGAGGAGCUGAAGCGGCUGCACGAGUUCGAGGCGCAGUGCGUGCAGGAGCACUUCCAGGAGAAGGAGGACGAGCAGCAGUCGUCCAGCGACGAGCGCAUCCGCGUCACCUGCGACAGGGUGGAGAACAUGUCCAUGCGGCUGGAGGAGAUGAAUGAGCGGGAGAGCUUCAUGAAGACGGCGCUGCAGACGCUGGACCUGCGGCUCUCGCAGCUGGAAGAGCUGUCGGGCCGGGCGGCCAGCGCCCUGGAGGCCCUGGCGGGGCUGGAGAGGCAGCCAAUCAAUGAUUCCCUCUCAUCUCUCCCUCCCUCUUCCUCUCUGAAAUCAAUAAAAAUAUAUUAAAAAAAUUGUGGGAGGUAAAAAACAGAAGGUGCCCCGGGCUCGGGGUUCGGCCAGAAGAAGGCCUGCUCCUUCCGUGGGAAGGGAGAGAGGGACCCCCAGAGGCACCUGGCCCCGGGCAGGCAGGGCAGCCUCCGCCUCCCCCCCGGCCGGAGCGCCCCAGCCACCCCCGGGGGCAGUCGACUCGCGUUAGACAACAUCCAGGACCCAUCGGAGUCAAAAUCGGGCCUAGAAACUGGGGUUCCCACGGGCGGGGACGAAAGGGGGGCGGACUCGGAAAGGGAGAGGGAAGAAACUGAGUCCCCCAGUGUCACCCUCACAGCGGCCCCGCCUGCAGGGAAGAGAUCAGAUUCGCAAGACGCGCAGCUUACAACGGCGGGAACAGCACGGGUGGAAGGGGCUGUGUCCGGCCCCCCGGGAGACACGCAAAGGCCACGCUACGACCCCGGCCAGGCCUUCCAUGCCUGUCGAACCCUGGAGUCCACGAGCUUUGUGUAUUCCCACGGGAGGAAGCUGGUCGGCGGGGUUCACCCGUGGGGCGCGGAGGCCGGGUCCCUCCUGGACCAGGCGUGGACCGCCGAGUGGAAAUACCAAGUUCAGAAGAUCACGCGGUCCCGCAGCACCGACAUCCCCGCCUACGUGGUGUCAGAAGCCGCCAGGCGGGCGGAGCAGAAAGACCCAUCGACCGACACCGAGGAGAAGGCUCAUGGCGCUUCCAGGGGGCUCCCCUGGACCCCUCGCCUGUCCCUGGCCGUGACCGAGACAGCGGAAAAGGGGAACCUGCUGGGGGUGAAGGCAGACCAGGCGUCGGGGUUCCCGUCGUUAAGGUCCAAGAGUCUCCACGGCCGCCCCAGGAGGGCUGCGGGCGUGCAGGGCGGGCUAGACACACCCGGGCAUGCCAGCAGCGUGGGGAGCCUCGUCGCCGCCCCGCCGGGGAUGAAAACGGAGGCCCAGCCAGAGAAAACUUCCGCCGAAACGGAGUGCUAAUGCGCUAGGCUUCUCGGGUUUUGACAUCAAAGCCGCAGAGGACCACCGCCCCCUUGGCCGUCGAGACGUCAUCAGGUUAUGAAAACGUUUGCGUGAAAGAUACUGGGCCCCGUGGACGCGCGAUGGAGAUUUCAGGCACGGCACUUCUCAAAGCAGCGGUGCGAGGAGUGCUGUGGAUUCCCUGUGUCCUCCCCAAAUUCCUAGUCGGAACCCUGACCCCAAUGUGACUGUAACCAGAGACACGGCUGUGAGGAGGUCCUUAAGGAUAGACGAGGUCAUAAAGGACGAGUGCCCUGAUAAGACACCAGAGCCCGGCCGGUGCGGCUCAGUGGUUGAGCAU